UGUCCCAUGUUUAACAGCAGACGGUGGAGACGCAGAAAUGAUGAAGUUUGUGGUGCUCGCUCUGUUUGUUGCUGGGGCCUACGGCUGCGGCCAGCCCGCCUUCUCACCCGUGGUGAACCGAGUGGUCGGAGGCGAGGAUGUCAGGGCUCACAGCUGGCCCUGGCAGAUUUCUCUGCAGUACAACAGGGAGGGAGAGUGGAGACACACAUGUGGAGGUACUUUGGUCGCCCAGCAGUGGGUGCUCACUGCUGCUCACUGUAUCAGCAAAGGCAGGCAGUACCGCGUGGCCCUGGGGAAGCACAACCUGGUAGAUACGGACGCGGGCCAAGUGUUCAUGGGCACCUCCAACAUCAUUGUUCACGAGAAGUGGAGCCCUGUGUUUAUUCGUAAUGACAUUGCUCUGAUGAAACUGGAGUCCCCUGUGGAGUUCUCUAACACCAUCAUGGCUGCUUGUCUUCCCACCGCCGGCUUCCUCCUCCCCCAUAAUAACCCCUGCUAUAUCACCGGGUGGGGUCGCCUGUCCACUGGUGGGCCCAUCGCUGACAACCUGCAGCAGGCUCUGCUGCCUGUGGUGGACCACGCCAACUGCACCAAACCUGACUGGUGGGGCUUCAUGGUGUCGGACAAAAUGCUCUGCGCAGGCGGAGAUGGAGUUAUGUCCGGUUGCCAGGGAGACUCCGGCGGUCCUCUGAACUGUCAGAACGCUGAUGGAGCGUGGGAGGUUCAUGGAGUCGUCAGCUGGGGUCUUGGAUUCAGCUGCAACUACCCCAAGAAGCCCACCGUCUUCACCCAAGUCAGCACCUACGCAGACUGGAUCAGCGCCACAAUGGCAGCCAACUAAGAGAACUGCCUCUUGGAAUCAAAGCCACUGUGUGCCCACCAAUGAAGAAUUAGGAAUAAUAAAUCAAAUAAAAUAUUUUUUUCUAACUUUAUAA